UUCGAGACAUGUUCACCAUUUCCUUCCAUGCGAUGCGAUAACGAUAUUCAUUACUUUUCCUGAUCUCUACAGCGGUCCACGAUGCCCUCCCCCCUCCGUCGUCCCAUCGUCCUCCUCUCCUCCACCCUCUUCGCUCUAAUCCUCCUACUUCUCCUCUACAUACCCCCAACCCAUCCCCCUCCAUCUCCACCACCCAACUCCUCCCUCCCCUCCCCCAGCACCAAAUACCACGGCCCCUCCCCCACCUCCCCACCUCCCCUCACCCGCCGACGCAUCCACCACCUCCUCCCCGCCACAGCCCUCAACCCCGACGCCUGCAAACUCCUCCUCACGAGCCAAAUCCUCACCUACCCGCCUCCCAUCCUCAUCGGCUGGGGAGGUCACGGCCGCUGGAAUGGUUCUUCUAAUCACCUUUUUAAAUUCCCGCUUUUCGACGAGUAUUUCUCCACCCUCGGACCGGAAUCCGACGAGGAUUUGGUGGUUUUGUUGGAUGCGUAUGAUGUCUGGCUGCAAUUACCGGUGGAGGUGAUGAUUAAACGAUAUCUCCUCGCAAUCGGGAAGGAGAAUCGACGGCUGGAACGGGAAGGGAUUCUCGAUGUGGAAGCUGUGGGUGGGAAGGUGAGGAAUACGGUCCUCUUUGGCGCGGAUCGACUUUGUUGGCCACAAGAUCCCGGGAAGCAGAUUCCAUGCUGGUCGUCCCCGGCGUCGCUCUUACCGGAAUACAUCAUGGGUCCGUCGACUGAUCGUGGAGAUCUGGAGCAUGCACCUGCCGUACGACCUCGACAUUUGAAUUCCGGCACUCUGAUUGGAAGACUAGCGGAUGUGCGGGACUUUUGGAAUUCGACGUAUGAGAUUGUGGAGGAGUUACGACCGGUUAGUGAGUGGAAGUUGAAGAAUAGCGAUCAGCAUUAUUUGCAUGUUUUGUGGAAUUUACAAGAGGAAGCACGGUUGGGGUUGGCGAAUGGGACGAUGGUGGCGGGAGGUGGAGAUGGAUUGGUGAACAGGAGGAGGGAGUUUGGGGUUACGGUGGAUGGGGAGGGGGAUUGUUUUCAGGAGAGUUUGUAUCAUGAGUAUGUGACUUGGAUGAGGUUUAAUCAUUCCUCCUUGUCGUCGUCAGCGCCCGGGAAGGGAGGGGAGAAUCGACGACAUGCGGAGAUGGGACGACUGGAUCGAUUGGUGCUGGAUGAGGAUAUCGCCUCCUCACCUGGCCCUUUUGCCGCGGAUGCGGUGACUUCUCUGCUUGAUGGCCGGGGUUGGGAGCAGAUGCCGCUGGGCAUGAAUGUCCUGACGGGCACGGUGUUUCCACUAUUUCACAUCACGCCGUUGAAGUAUCUCCGCGACUUGUGGUGGGGAAGGAUGUGGUUCCAUCCGCACGCUGAGGCGUUGUUGCUGGCGGGACGGAGGAAGUGGUUGGGUGAAGGGUGGAGGGAGGGGAAAGAUGGGACGGGGGAGAGGGUCGUGGCGACGGUGGAGGGGGUGGAGUAUGUGGCUGUUGAAGGGGUGAGAGGAGUCAGUGAUGGUGAGUUGGCGAAGAGUCGGAGUGAGGAGUUCAGGAAGGGAGGGGUGUGGAAUGAUUUGGGGGAAUGGAUGGCUUGGGAGGAUGUUUGUGGCGAGCAUGAGGGGAAGGUGUUUAAUCCGUAG